CUACUACCCUGGCCAGUGUGAAUGGGUAUAUUGCCCUGGAGAUGCCAUAUCUUCUGUUGCAACAUCCGAGAAGAGCACAGGAAAAAUAUUCGUAUAUGACGGACGAGGGAACAACCAGCCACUUCAUGUUUUUGAUAAACUCCAUACAUCCUCUCUUACUCAGAUACGGUUGAACCCUGUCUACAAAGUAGUAGUGUCUUCUGACAAAUCUGGAAUGAUCGAGUACUGGACUGGUACUCCUCACGAAUAUACAUUUCCGAAGAAUGUGAACUGGGAGUAUAAAACAGAUACUGAUCUAUACGAAUUUGCUAAAUGCAAGGCUUACCCGUCCAGCAUAAGUUUUUCACCUGAUGGCAAGAAAAUGGCUACUCUUGGGUCUGACAGAAGAGUUAGAAUUUUCCGUUUUCUGACAGGGAAGCUCAUGCGAGUCUUUGAUGAAUCAUUGAGUAUGUUUACGGAACUUCAGCAGAUGAGACAGCAACUACCAGACAUGGAGUUUGGCCGACGUAUGGCAGUUGAGCGUGAACUGGAGAAAGUAGAUGCAGUACGAUUAAUUAAUAUAGUUUUUGAUGAAACUGGACACUUUGUUCUCUAUGGGACAAUGUUGGGCAUUAAGGUCAUAAACGUAGAGACUAAUAGGUGUAUUCGUAUCCUGGGAAAACAAGAGAACAUCAGGGUGAUGCAACUAGCUUUGUUCCAAGGAGCAGCAAAGAAACAUCGUGCUGCAAUCACUAUAGAGAUGAAGGCAUCUGAAAAUCCUGUUCUUCAGAACAUCCAAGCAGAUCCGACCGUAAUCUGCACAGCUUUUAAAAAGAAUAGGUUUUACAUGUUUACUAAACGUGAACCAGAAGAUACAAAGAGUGCAGAUUCGGACAGAGAUGUAUUUAAUGAGAAACCUUCUAAAGAAGAGGUCAUGGCAGCCACUCAAGCAGAAGGUCCCAAAAGAGUUUCAGACAGUGCCAUCAUCCACACAAGCAUGGGAGAUAUUCAUAUCAAGCUUUUUCCUGUUGAGUGCCCCAAAACAGUGGAAAACUUCUGUGUGCACAGCAGAAAUGGUUAUUAUAAUGGACACAUAGUUCACCGUAUCAUCAAGGGUUUCAUGAUUCAGACCGGCGACCCAACUGGUACAGGAAUGGGAGGUGAAAGUAUCUGGGGCGGAGAAUUUGAAGAUGAGUUUCAUUCAACUUUACGACAUGACAGACCAUACACGCUCAGCAUGGCUAACGCAGGACCAAAUACCAAUGGAUCCCAGUUUUUUAUAACAGUAGUGCCAACUCCAUGGCUAGACAACAAGCACAGCGUGUUUGGACGGGUGACUAAAGGAAUGGAAGUUGUCCAGAGAAUCUCAAAUGUGAAAGUCAAUCCCAAAACUGACAAACCCUAUGAGGAUAUCAGCAUCAUUAAUAUCACAGUGAAGUAAGCAAGGAGUUGAAGGUUCCAGCUUAAACAGAAAAAACUUGGCAUAAUGGGACCCAAAAAUGGACCUAGAAAGAA